AUGCCUCAUAAUGGAGGACAAAAGGCAAAUAAGAGAGUUGAAAGGAGUGAAAGGACCUCUUCUGGACAAACUAUGACGGGUAAAUGGGAGAAGCCAAGUUCUGACAUAUCUCAACAAGACUUCACGCAGAUAAAUGUAGAGGAGCCAAGCUCGAGUGAAGAUUUUGAAUAUUAUGAAACUAAUGUGGAUGACUACCAUCCCCUCCUUCAAGCGGCCUUAAAAGGUGAUUGGCCGACUGCUAAGGCUUUUUAUGAUAAAGACAAAGAUUGUGUUCGAGCUUCCAUAACGAUAAAUAAAGCAACAGCACUUCACAUUGCGGUGUCUGCACAGCACACCACUUUUAUAACGAAUUUGUUGAAAUUGAUGAGACGGGAGGACUUGGAAUUGAAGACCAAUUAUGGAUUUACUGCCCUUCACACUGCUGCUCAAGUAGGAAACGUUAGAAUUGCGGAGCAGCUGCUGAAAAUCAACAAUAAGCCGCUAUCGAUCCUUGAUGUGAAUGAAGACACACCACUCAUUGUUGCAGCUUAUAUUCUUUUCUCAACCAUAGGGUUCAAAGGGAUCUGCAACAAAGCUUCGAUGAAGACAUCUGCACAUCACUUAGUUGAAAAACUCUUGAAAAAGGAUGGAAUUCCAAACAACCUCAUCUUAUCAAAAUUGGUUGACAAUGAUAUGGCUUUAAUUUUUGAAGCUGCAAAAGUUGGAAAUGUUGGAUUUCUAAUUAUAAUUUCACGCUCUUAUCCUUGCCUUAUCUGGAAACAAGACAAAAACAAAAUGAGUAUUUUUCACAUUGCUAUUUUAUACCGGCAAGAGAGUGUGUUCAAUCUAAUUUAUGAGAUAGGUGCGGGCAUGAAUAGCCUUGCAUCCUAUGCUACUUUAGAAACCAAUGAGAACAUGUUGCAUUUAGCUGGAAAAUUGGCUCCUUUAAAUCAACUUAAUAUCGUAUCAGGAGCAGCCCUUCAAAUGCAACGGGAGUUGUUGUGGUUCAAGGAGAUAGAAAAGAUUGUGCCGCAGUCAUACGUGAAUAGAAAGAAUUCAAAAGGCAACACACCUAAGGAGAUAUUUAGAAAGGAGCACAAAGAUUUGCAGAAAGAUGGUGAAAAGUGGAUGAAGGACACAGCAAAAUGCAAUAGCAAUGUGUUCCUCUUCUACUUCAAUACUAAUUUUCUUGUCAAUUCUCACGUUACAUUGCACAGAAGAUGA